CUGUGGUGAGUGAGGCUGUGGUGGUGGUGAGUGAGUGAGGUGGUGAGUGAGUGAGUGAGGCUGUGGUGAGUGAGGUGGUGGUGAGUGAGUGAGGCUGUAGCGGCGGCGUUGGUGGUGUUGGAGGCUCUCAGAGCGACGGGAUGGGUCGCUCACGAAGCCGCAGCUCGUCGCGCUCCCGCAGCCGCCACGGCCGAGGCAAGCGAUCAUCACGGCGUAGAUCUCGCUCGAAAGACCGAGGAGGUGGUGGAGGAGGUGGUGGUGGUGGUGGAAAACGAGGUGGUGGAGCAGAAGGAGGAGGUGGUGGUGGUAGCAGCAGCGGCGGCGGCGGCGUACGAGGUAGCGGUGGAGGCGAUGGCAGAGGAGGUGGAGGUGGUGGUGGUGGAGGCAGUAGCAGUAGCAGGCGAACCAAAACGAAGAGUCGCAGCAGAGACAGGGACCGGGAGAGGGACAGGGACAGGGAGAGGGACAGGGACAAGGAGAGGGACAGAGACGGCGGCGGUGGUGGUGGUGGAGGCGGCGGCGGCGGCGGUGGUGGUGGUGGCGGCGGCAAGGCCACUGCAGAGAGGAGGAGUACAGAGAGGGUAGACCAGUUUGGACGCAACGUGACGAAGCGAAGCUUCCAAGACGACCGAGCCAAACGGGAGGAGGAGGAGAGACAAGCGGAGCUCGAGAAGCAACGGAGGAUCCGCCAGCAGGAGAUGGAGGAGCGCCUCGUGGCGGAGGAGACGGCUCGUCGCGUCGAGGAGCUGGUGGCUCGUCGCGUCGAGGAGGAGCUGGAGCGGCGGCGGGAGGAGAUCGAGCAGGAGGUCCUGCGCAGGGUGCACGACGCCAAGCGCGUCAUGGAGCGCCAGAUGUUGGACGAGCUGGAGAGGCAGCGGCAGCAGGAGGUGGCGGCCCAGAGAGCCAGAGAGGAGGAGGAGCGUAAGAAGCGGGAGGAGCUGGAAAGAAUCCUGGAGGAAAACAAUCGUAAGAUUGCGGACGCACAGGCCAAGCUGGCGGAGGAGCAGCUGCGCAUCGUGGAGGAGCAGCGGAAGAUCCACGAGGAGCGUGUGAAGCUGGAGAAGGAGAAGGAGCGGCAGAAGAAGGAGGAGCAGAAGCUGAUCCUGGGCAAGGGGAACACGCGGCCACGACUCUCCUUCAGCCUCAAGACUCCCUGAGAGAGUGGGAGGGGAGGGAGGGCACGGAGAGAGAGAGAGAGAGAGACACGCGGAGACACACACGCGGAGACACACACGGCUAGAGAGAGAGAGAC